GAACGUCUGGAGCAAAGUGCGCAGGCGCAAGUGUUGUACUUCCGGAUAAUUUGCAUAUUUGGGUUUCCCCGAGCCCCAAAAGUACAAGGGUGGAACCAUAAAAACCCUGGAUUUUAUAACAAACGGUACAUCGCACCGCCGACUUAUUUGCCUCGGAAGGAGCCAGGAAAACUGUUCUGCGGGUUUUUGACGAAAGCAGGGCCGUAAGAGCGGCCAUGGCCGAUCCGCAGGCGCCUUUCCGUCCGGGAGUUGCGCCGCCCACGCCCGGAGCCCAGCUGCAAAAUGGCCCCAGUACCAACGUGGGCAAACCCGUGCCAGGCCCCCCCAUGCCAGGUCAGCCGAUGGUCCCACCCCCUGGUGCAGGCCCCCCUCCCACAGGUCACAUGUACGGAACCAAACCCUACGCACCCGGACCCUACCAAGGUGCAGGACCCCCCUCCAGCAAACCCCCUCUCCCGACCAGCGGGGGGUACACGAACAUGUAUAACCCGCAGGGGGGUGUCGGACCCCCUCCGUCAGCGUUACAGAACUCCGGACCCCCCUUAAAUCAGAGAAAUUUUAAUCAGAUUCAGAGUUCGUACGGACAGUCUAGUGCAGGGGGGAUGCCCCCACCCCCCUCGAGUGGACAGUACUCCUCCCCCCCAGGGGGUAGGGGUGGCGUAGGACCACCCCCGAGUGGACCGGUGCCAAACGGACAGACGUACGGACAACCCCCCGCCUCCAGGCCAGGAAUGGUACCUCCCCAUGGUGCCGCAUACCAGCCCGGAAUGCCACACUCCAGCAGACAGGGGGGUAUGCCCCCUCCUCCGUCAUCCAUGGGACAGCCACCUUCUGCUGCAAGGCCCGCACCCCCCUCCUCAAUGGCACCUCCCCCGACAUCAAUGGGGCCUCCCCCAAUAUCCGUAGCCCCUCCCCCUUCAUCGGUUGGACCACCCCCAUCUUCGAUGGCACCUCCCCGCUCCAUGGGACAGCCCUACACCAGCCAGGCCCCCCCUCAUGCAACAUCGACUCACCCGCCACCCACAUCCUACAGCAGCCAGCCACACCAGACUGUACCAUCCAGCAGGGGAGGGCAGGGUGGCGUCCCUCCCCCUCCACUACCCGGACAGACCUACACCCCUCAGCAGAGGCCAGCUGGACCUCCCCCUCCAGGACAGCAGUAUGGAAUGGCCCAAGGUUUGGCCCCCCCACCCACUGGUCCAAGGCAGCCUGGGCCCCCUACAGCCACAGUAGCCCCGCUAACCCAGGCGUACACCCACCUGACCCCCUACUACCAACCCACGGGGCACGGGGACACACCCGGGUCCUCAGGUCCGCCCUCUGCAAGGUCGUCCACGGCGCCCUCCCCCAUCCCCACACAGAACUUUGAUGCCAUCGAGGGCGGCGGAGUCAUGGCCUCCUUCCCCGCCAUCAAUCCCCUCGUCAGCAGCACAGGAGCCAAUCAGGGUGAGCGGCACGAUGGCUCCCAUCUCCACCACCCAGGGGAGCUUCCCCCCACCCCCCGGUGCACAGCCCCCACCCACGGGGUACGCACCCUACGCCCCGGGCAGCAGCCAGGCAUGUAUGGACAACAGAUGAACCAGACCCCUAACGACCUUGCGGGUCCGUUCGGCCGGCUGACGGUUGCAGGCGGCGAGUCUCGCGCGGUGAACCUGCUGCAGAACCGGAACAUCUGUCCGCCGGAACCGGUCGAACCACCCAAGGCCAACCUGAGGGACGACCUCAAGAAAGUCAACACCAGUCCUGAUUUGUUCCGGUGCACCCUGACGACCCUGCCUCAAAACCAGAACCUGCUCAACAAGUGCAAACUGCCGCUGGGUAUUCUACUGCAUCCAUUCAAGGACCUGUCUCAUCUUCCCGUGAUCACGUCGAGCGUGAUAGUUCGCUGCCGCUCCUGCCGGACGUACAUCAACCCCUUCGUUACCUUCAUCGACAGCAGGAGGUGGAAGUGCAAUCUCUGCUAUAGGGUCAACGAUUUACCAGAGGAGUUCAUGUAUAACCCACUCACCAAGAGUUAUGGGGAGCCUCACAAGAGACCAGAGGUCCAGAAUGCAACCAUAGAGUUUAUAGCACCUUCAGAAUACAUGUUGAGGCCGCCCCAGCCUGCCGUGUACCUGUUUGUGCUUGACGUAUCCCACAAUGCCGUGGAGAGUGGUUACCUUCACUCGUUCUGCCGCGUGCUGCUUGACGAGCUGGAGAGAUUACCGGGCGACGCGCGGACGUCCAUCGGCCUUCUCACGUUCGACAAGGUGCUGCACUUCUACAACCUGGCCGAGGGGCUGUCUCAGCCGCAGAUGCUCAUUGUGUCGGAUACUGAAGAUGUGUUCCUGCCGUCCCCAGACAACCUUCUGGUCAACCUUCAGGAGUCAAAAGAGUUGAUCCAAGACCUGCUGCACCAGCUGCCUGAGAUGUUUGCUGACAACACGGAGACCCACAGUGCACUGGGGCCGGCACUGCAAGUCGCUCACAAGCUCAUGACCCCUACAGGUGGCCGUGUGUGUGUGUUCCAGUCCUGUUUGCCGUCACUCGGACCCGGAGCCCUGAAACCUCGGGAAGAUCCAAACCAGAGAGCUGGAAAUGAUGUUCAGCACCUCGGCCCUGCCACAGAUUUCUACAAGCGGAUGGCUCUGGAGUGUGCCGGUCAGCAGAUCGCUGUGGACAUGUUCUUCCUGCCUGGACAGUACACGGACAUCGCUACUCUGUCUGGUGUGGCGAAAUACUCCGGCGGCUGCACGUUCUACUUCCCAGGGUUCCACCCGGCCCGCGCCCCGGCCCAGGUCACUCGGUUCGAGCGUGACCUGCGGAGAUACCUCACCCGCAAGAUCGGAUUCGAGGCUGUCAUGAGGAUACGAUGCACAAGAGGAGAGCGUCGGAUCCGUGUGCACACCAUGGCUCUGCCUGUCAGCAGUAACAUCACAGAGAUCUACACAGGCGCCGACCAACAGGCAGUCAUCUGUCUACUCUCACGCAUGGCGGUUGACCGUUCCAUCAUGUCGUCUAUCCGUGACGCGAGGGAAGCGGUGAUCAACGCCUGCAUUGACUGCCUGGCGCAGUACCGCAGCAGCGUAUCCGGGCAGCAGCUCGGGGCUCUCAUGGCACCGUGGUCACUCCGACUCUUCCCCAUGUACACCCUCGCACUGCUCAAACAUCCUGCGUUUCGGCUUGGGACGAGCACGCGGCUUGACGACCGAGUGAACACCAUGAACCAGCUGAAGGCUCUGCCGCUGGCCUAUAACAUCAUGGCUCUCCACCCGCACAUGUACGCCGUGCACAACCUGAACGAUGAGGGAGCGUUGACCAUCCGUGACCAGAUCAUCCCCCAGCCUCCGAUCCUGUCUCUGUCCUCCGAGAGGCUCAGCAGAGACGGAGCGUUCCUAUUGGACAAUGGAGAGGGCAUGUACAUGUUCGUGGGCCGCGCCAUCUCCCCACAGUUCUGCACAGACGUGCUCGGAGUCGAGAGUUUUGCUGCUAUUCCUGAUGUUAUGUUUGAGCUGCCAGAGUUGGAGAACGCCGACUCGGAGCGAGUCCGGAGUUUUGUCGGCUGGCUCAGAGAACAGAGACCUUUCUUCCCUCCCCUUCAAAUCAUCAGAGAGGACAGCAGACAGAGGAUGGUGUUCCUGCAGCACCUGGUAGAAGACAGGUCUGAGUCCAUGUUUUCCUACUACGAGUUUCUGCAACACAUACAGAAGGAGGCCUGCAAGUAGCAGCACCCUCUACAUCUCACAGCAGGAACUGCAGGGCCGACCGCCGCAGCAGUCUCAGUUUUAUUGCAAAGUUCUAACGUAAUAAUUAAAAUAUGCUUCAUGUAAAUUUUGCUUUAGUUAAUUCAACAAAUUUUUGAACAAUGUUAUAAUUAAUAGAUAUGAGGCAAUCUGUAUGAUAAUUUUGCAAAAUAUGCAGCCAGUCUUAUUAAACUCCUGUAAAAUAUGAAUUUGUCCUGUUGGAUACAUGUACAAUGUAUGUCAUUGUUAAUGUGGGGAGGGGGGGCCUAUGCCUUGUACGGUGGGGAAAAAAGUGCAGCAUGCCUUAUUAUAAAGCUGUUUGCUUCAGAACUUUCUAGGUUUAGGCAGACAAAGUUUUCUCAAACACGUAAUUCCGGACCAUGUUCGUUCUUAGAACUGGACAGCCAAUAGCAGCGCAGAAUGGCUUGUAAUGUUGCCAUGGUAACAGGCAAUUUAAGGGAUUUUAGGUGGCAAACUGUACCUACCAUAGGAGAAAUAAGUUCAACAUGUAAAUUUGUUUGUAACGGCACCUAUUCCCUGUAACCAUAUGUUUCUAUGCUGUCGAGUGGAUAACAUAAAUGCAUACAAUUACUGGUAUCCCAUUUAUAAUGGGGUGGUUUUAAUGUCCACCAUGCAAUAGCACUUGGAAUUUAAGUUACAGAAAUGUAGGAAAUGCAUAUUGAAGCCCAAUGAUAGCUUUCCUCUUAUAUAUAUAUACAGUAUUUGUGUUUCCUAUUCCCAUGUUUUGGUUUUUCACAUUAUUGAAAAUGUGAAGAAGAAGAAACACACUAAACCAACAGUUGAUGUGUCAUGUUAAUAGUUGUAGGCCCACGAAAAAAAAUGUCGUGUUUCCUGUUUCCUGACAGACCCUAGAAAAAUCUGCUAACCCUAGCCCUUUUUGUGU